UCUGAUUUUUUUUUUGUUUUCACACCGAUUUAUUUUGUUGACUUUUCCAACUAUUUGGCCGAUGUUAAUGUAGCGGUUGUCUUUGAACAUUAUGAUUGUUCUUCUACACACGGUAACUACACCAAGGGAAGUACGUACCAACAUAAUCUCGACCGCCUUUUCUCAAGCCUCUCCUCCCAAACCUCAUCUCGAAAGUUCUACAACACCACUAUUGGCGAUUUUCCUAACAAAGUAUACGCCAUUUACCAAUGUCGAGAGGAUUUGAGCUUCGAAAUAUGCACCAAGUGUAUCCAAGUUGCGACGAUAAAAAUAUCACAAGUAUGCCCGUUAUAUGUCGAAAGCAUAGUUUGGUAUAACGAAUGUAUGUUAAGGUAUGCAAACCGUUCCAUUUUCUCCUUGUGUGAGACAACUCCAACAAGAGAGUCAUGGUAUGAAGGUAGUGUCUCGAACUAUGUUAUGUUUAGUCCAGUAGUCAAAAGAACGAUGAAUACGAUUGUUAGGCUGGCUUCUCGAACUACUGCUCGGGGACAUUUGGCUAACACGUAUGCCAAUUGGACAUCGAUAGAUAGAAUGUACGGCUUUGCUAUGUGCACACCUGAUAUAAAUGAGCUACAUUGUAAGAGAUGCUUGACAAUUGGUUUAGAUGAGAUAUCUGGAUUUUACAACAUUAGUAAGGUGGUGACUGUCUUCUAUCCAAGCUGCCAAUUAGGUUAUGAUACAGAACUUGAUCGAAUGACACGUAUACCAUUGGUACUCGCUCCAUCUCCGGCUAAAGCUCAAGCUCAUAUUCCAGGUUAGAUCUUGCCAACAUGCAUACUCCCUCCGUCCCAAAUUAAUUGUCGCGUUAAGUUUUUCAUAGAGUUUUAUGUGAUAAGUAGAUAUCGAUUUAUCUAUUACUCUGUAUAUUUUAUGAAAAGUAGAUGUAGCAGCAGAUAGUGGAGAAAUAUUUUAAUUGAAUGAUAGAAAAAGUGGGAUCCUAACUUUUGGUAGAGGAAUAGAGAAAUAAUAAAGUAUUAGUAAUUCUUCUCCUGCCCUUAUAGCAAGCAGUGCAUAGAAGAGAUUAAGAUUUGGCUAGGUGUUACUGCUACUACUGUUGAUUUACACCAUCUGCUCAGAGGGAUUGGUCAUAACAGGCAUUCCAAGUUUCAGAAACAAGUCUAUUAUGCAGGGUUGGCAGCAGCAGUGUACUCUGUAUGGCAGUGUAGAAAUGGUAGCUUCUGGGAUAAGAGUGUUCCAACUGUCCAGAAUAUUGUAAAUGGAAUUAAACAGAUUGUUAAAGCUAGAAUUAAGGUAGUGAUGCCUAAGAAAGUUAGUAGGAGAGAUUACUUGUGGUUUAUGGCUCUGUGAGCUUGUGAUUUUGAAUAGUUGUGUGUUUGCUUGCUCUUAGGUGAUAAGGUCCAACCUAGUUGGUUCGUGUCCCUUUGAGUUAAGCUUAGGUUGUUUUGUUGAGAUUAAUAUUAUCAUUACCUUGCCUAGCAAAAAAAAUAAAGUAUUAAUAAAUCCAUGCCGUAAAAAUAAAAUAUGACAAUUAAAUUGGAACGGUUGGAGAGAUAAAGUGUGAAGAUUCAUUUAUACGGAGGGAGUAGUACUCUACUUGCACUUACCCUAACACGUAUGCAUCACAAGUACUAAGCAUGUAGAUUAAGCUUAAAUUCAUUUGGGAAUCUUGUAGACAGUAAAAUUAGUAACUAUUGUGAAUUUAGCAACUAAUGUUGGAGUAAAAUUAAGGCAUGGUUGAAUACGGGUUGUAGGUCUUCUUCUAUUAUGCAGAGUUAUAGGUGGAUCGACAGAAUAAGAGGUAGUUUUUUCAGAAGAAGUGUAAGAUUUGCAGCUCUAUUGGCUACUGUAUACCAUGUGUGGAUGCAACGUAACCUCGCUCCAUGGGAGCAUAAAAUGCAGCACCCUGAUAUCGUUGUUGGAACUGUUAAAGCAAAUUUAUGUCUCAGAAUAUGUAAAGUUAUGCCUGGAAAAGAUUAGCUCCGUCGAUAAGAAUUGGUUCUUUUCCUUGUAAUUGAUGUUCAAAGGUCUAUGUGAUAGUUUUUGGUUAAACAUUACUUAAUUUCUGGUGUUUUGGGUGUAAAAGUAGAUUAUGUUGUUUGUGGAGUGCUUUCCUUUGGGUUUGGAAAGACCCUUCCUAGAAGGUAAGUCCCUCCCCCUUGUCUAGUUGUUGUGUUGGGGCCUUUGAGCCUUUUUUGGCAAUAUAUUUUUCUUACUUACCAAAAAAAAAAAAAAACUUGUUGACAGUGAGGAAGAAAGGAUCCACACAUACCAUCG